ACUGUAGUAACAAUAAUGGCUGCCCCUAGCAGUAAGCAAGUUCUCCGGCGCCUCUGUCAAUUUGGCGCCUUUAUUUUGACACGAUUUGGUUUCUGGAACUGCUUUACAAUGCUGAUGCUCUUUGCGGAGCGCGCUGAUGUAAAAAGGAAACCUGACAUCCAGGUUCCCUACUUGUACUUUGACAUGGGGGCAUCAGUUCUUUGUGCCAGCUUCAUGUCCUUUGGGGUGAAGAGGAGGUGGUUUGCACUGGGGGCCGCCAUACAGUUAGCUAUCAGCACCUACGCUUCUUAUAUUGGUGAACAAGUGCACUAUAGUGACUGGCUGAAGGUAAGGAUGUACUCCAGAACCCUGGCUAUCAUCGGGGGUUUCCUGGUCCUAGCCAGUGGUGCGGGGGAGGUAUACAGACAGAAACAUCGCACCAGAUCGCUGCAGUCCACUGGACAGGUCUUCAUAGGGGUCUACCUCAUCUGUAUGGUGUACUCCCUCCAGCACAGUAAAGAGGACAGGAUGGCCUACCUGAAUCACAUCCCUGGUGGGGAGAUCACCCUAAUGCUACUGGUGGUGCUGUUUGGAGUGCUGGCCCUGGCCUUCCUCUCUGGCUGUUAUAUCCGCCUAGCUUCACAGAUCCUGGCCGUGGUCCUGCCCCUCAUCCUGCUAUUCAUCGACGGUAACCUGGGCUACUGGCACAACACGCGCCAUGUAGAGUUCUGGAACCAGUUGAAGCUGAUGGGGCAUAACGUGGGUAUUUUCGGGGCUGUGCUGAUUCUGGCUACAGACGGUUGAAUGGAAUGGACACCUUGGCAGACUAUCAGAAGAGAGGCCACUACUUAACAUGUGACUGAAGCUACAUUUAGUGUUUCAAAUGGCACCCUAUUCCCUAUAUAUUGCACUACUUUUGACCAAAGCUUUGGCCAAAGUAGUGCAUUAUAUUGGGAAUAGGGUGCCACCUGGUCAAAAGUAGUGCACUAUAUUGGGAAUAAGGUGCCAUGUGAGACUUAUACAGUCUUUUUGGAUCCUCAGAUGAACUGAUCCUCACUUACAGCAGGAGAUAAAUGGUGAUUGGACGCUAAUCCCUGCCUGACAGACAGCCAUGUGGGUAGACCUUAUCGUUAACUACCUGUCCAACUUUGUUUCUGCAAAAAAUUGUUUUUUUUAAUACUGAACAAAAAUAUAUAACGCAACAAUUAACUAUUUUACAGUUCAUAUAAGGAAAUCAGUCAAUUCAAAUAAAUAAAUUAGGCCCUAACCUAUGGAUUUAACAGGGUGGGGGCAUAGGCCCACCCACUGUGGAGCCAGACGCAGCCAAUCAGAAUACGUUUUUCCCCACAAAAGGGCUUUAUUACAGACAGAAAUACUCAGUUUCAACAGCUGUCUGGGUGGCUGGUCUCAGACGAUCCCACAGGUGAAGAAGCUGGAUGUGGAGGUCCUGGGCUGGCAUGGUUACACGUGGGUCUGCGGUUGUGUGGCCCAUUGGACGUACAACCAAAUUCUCUAAAACGAUGUUGGAGGUGGCUUAUGGAAGGGAAAUGAACAUUAAAUUAUCUGGAAAGAGCUCUAGUGGACAUUCCUGUAGUC